UACUAGCGAUCGACCUCGUCGCCAAGUAUUUCCGUUUCUCGCACCCAUUCGCGAUUCCUCGUCUCCCAUCGCCUACCCACCUCAUUCUCCGCUCUCACAUCCGCUCUUUCCCGUACAUCACAGCCGCCCUUUGUCUCGAUAGAACUUGUUUUCAGCAUGGAUCGGCCUUACCAGGACGGCAGCGCGGCUGUAGCGUGCGUAGAGGAGGGCGGGAGGAAAGGCGAGACCUUUGACGAAGCCGCUGCGGAGGAAAUGGUGGCGAAGCUUCGUUCGAAAUUCCGGUCCGGCGAGACACGAAACCUAGCGUGGCGGGAGCAGCAGCUGCGGAAUCUGGCGCGCAUGGCGGAGGAGCACGAGGACGACAUCAUGGCCGCUCUUAAAGCCGACCUCGGCCGCGGUCGCAUGGAGGUCCUGAUCGAGGUGCUGGGCGUGUGGAAGGCGGCGAGCCACAUGCUCAAGAACUUCAAGAAGUGGGCCAAGCCGCACAAGGUGGGCACGCCCCUGUCGCUCAAGCCUGGCCGCUCGGAGGUGGUGUACGAGCCGUUGGGCCUCGUGCUCAUCAUCUCGCCUUGGAACUUCCCCUUCUUGCUGAGCCUGGAGCCGCUGGUGGGUGCGCUGGCAACGGGCAACGUGGUGGUGCUCAAGCCGUCCGAGCACGCUCCCGCCUCCUCGCACCUCCUCUCGCGCCUCCUUCCCCUCUACCUUGACUCACAAGCUGUACAGGUGGUAGAGGGCGGGCCCGAGACAGGCAAGGCGCUGUUGGGGCGGCGUUGGGAUAAGAUCUUUUUCACGGGCGGCACAGCACUGGGGCGCAUCGUGAUGGAGGCGGCCAGUAGGCACCUGACACCUGUCACCCUGGAGCUGGGCGGCAAGAAUCCACUGUUCAUCGAUGAUUCCGCAGACCUGGAGAUCUCAGCGAAGCGAAUCAUCUCGGGCAAGUGCACCAACGCAGGGCAGGUGUGCCUCGUGCCGGACUACAUCCUCGCCACCAAGGACGUGGCUGCUCGCCUGAUCCCCCAUCUCAAGGCGGCCAUAGAGCAGUUCUAUGGCACGGACCCCUCGCGCUGCGCGGACCUCGCGCGCAUCAUUAACCACAGCCACGUGCGGCGCCUGCAGCACCUGGUGGAGCACGCUGCCACGGCUGCUUGUGUUGUGCACGGGGGGGAGAGCGAUGUGGAGUCAAAGUACUUCGCCCCAACACUGCUCCUCAAUGUGCCCUGGGAUGCCCCCAUCAUGCAAACCGAGGUCUUUGGGCCCAUCCUAACCAUCCAAACUGUGUCGGGCAUAGACGAGGCCAUCGAUAUGAUCACGGCGCGCCCCAAGCCGCUCGUGGUGAUGGUGUUCUCGUCGCGCGAGGCAGUGCGGCAGCGCUUCCUCAAGGAGACCAGCUCGGGGGCCAUGGUGGCUAACGAGAUUAUAUUGCAGGCGGCCAACCUGGAGCUGCCGUUCGGCGGCGUGGGCGAGAGCGGGAUGGGGCGGUACAAGGGGCGCUUCUCCUUCGACUGCUUCAGCCACUGCAAGGCCGCUUUCACCAAGCCACUGGGGCGCGACCUGGCACUGCGCUUCCCCCCCAGCACACGGCGCGGGGAGAUGAUCCUGAAGGCAGUGUUCAGAGGCGCAUACUUCUCCCUGCUGCUGCUGCUGCUGGGGCUCAAGAAACACUAGAGCAGGCGCACCACCACAGCACAGGCCCCAUUGCUGUUGUGCGUUAGGCGUGGGUGGGAGGCAACAGUUCAUUCUGGUUCAUUCUGCAUGGGAGAGCAUCGUGAUUUCUUUGGUUUGAGGGUGAUCAACAGAGAUCAACAGAAAACUAGACUCCUUCUGCAUGGGAGAGCAUCCUGAUUUCUGUGUGGGGAGUCGAGUCUUAUUGCCGUGCAGUACAUUGCUGGAUGAUGGGGUCUUAUUGCUGUGCAGUACAUUGCUGGAUGAUGGGGUCUUAUUGUCAACUUAUACAUAUGUUGUAUGUAGAAGUUAUAGGCCAGCCUAGGUGUGUGCUUCUAGUGAGUACAACCCCAACAGGUAUAUGUUCUAGGUUCCUCACACUAUGAGUACAACCCCAACAGGUAUAUGUUCUAGGUUCCUCACACUAGUCAAUCAUUC